GAUUUCCUUCAUACUUGCAACAAAACUUGAACUAGCAAAUAUGAGAACCGCUUCAUCAAAAUCUUUCUUACUAUUGUUAGUUUCGAUUUCUUUAUCUUUCUCUAUCUUCUCGAAUGUGUUGGCAACAACGCAUGGCGAAUUCCUUACAUGCAUUUCCCUUCAUUCUAGUACUUCCAUCCCCAUUUACACACCGCAAAGUGUUAACUACUCAUCCAUCUUGCAAUCUACUAUCUCAUUGCUAAGAUUCAAUUCAUCCACCACUCCAAAACCCUUUCUUAUAUUAACACCUUUGGAAGAAUCGCAUGUUCAAACCGCUGUAAUUUGUUCUAGAAAGCAUGGAAUUCAGAUUAAAGUUCGAAGUGGAGGCCAUGAUUAUGAGGGACUUUCAUAUACAUCAGAUGUUCCAUUCAUUAUUAUUGAUUUGUUCAAUCUUCGAGAUAUCAAUGUGGAUACAAAGGGUAAAUCAGCAUGGGUUCAGUCUGGUGCAACCACAGGUGAACUCUACUACAAUAUUGCAAAGAAAAGCAACACUCUUGCCUUCCCAGCAGCGAUUUGCACGACUGUAGGUAUCGGUGGGCACAUUAGUGGAGGUGGAUACGGGUCCAUGUUAAGGAAAUAUGGAACUGCAGGUGAUAAUGUUAUUGACGCUCGAAUUGUGGAUGUUCAUGGUAGAAUACUCAACAGAAAAUCCAUGGGAGAAGGCUUGUUUUGGGCCAUUAGGGGAGGAGGUGGAGGUAGCUUCGGAAUUGUCCUUUCGUGGAAGUUAAGAUUAGUAUCUGUCCCACCUACGGUAACUGUAUUUUCAGUAGGUAAAACCUUGGCAGAGGGUGCAACUUCACUUGUUCACAAAUGGCAAGAUAUUGCACACAAACUUCCUCAAGAGCUUCUCAUAUUUCUCACGUUACGUGUAGUGAAUGCUACCACAAAAGAUGAAAAAACAGUCAGAGCAACAUUUAGGUCCCUGUUUCUUGGGGAUGCUAAGAAGCUGAAAAUUGUGAUGAAACAGACAUUUCCAGAGUUGGGCCUGGAAAGUAAAGAUUCUAUUGAAAUGAGUUGGAUUCAGUCUGUACUCUUUUUGGAUAACAUACCUACUAACAGUUCCAUUGAUAUUUUAGGGAGCAGGCCACAAGCGAAGGCAUACUAUAAGGGAAAAUCUGAUUAUGUGAAAGAACCUAUUUCCCAAACAGGUCUAGAAUUGAUAUGGGAAAGAUUGAUAAAUGAUGGGCAAACUGCUAUGGCUUUUAUGCCUUACGGUGGAAGGAUGAGUCAGAUUUCAGAAUCUGAAACCCCUUUCCCCCAUAGAAAUGGAAACUUGUUUAAGAUUUUAUAUGUAUCUUCGUGGAACGAAAAACAGGUUUCAACAUCCGAUAAGUACAUUAAUCAACUCAGAAAAAUGUAUAGAUUCAUGACUCCUUAUGUUUCCAAGUCUCCAAGAGAAGCAUAUGUCAAUUACAGAGAUCUUGAUAUAGGCGAAACCAGUAAAAAUGGCACAGCUAGUUAUUCACAAGCUAAGGUUUGGGGCACCAAGUACUUCAAGGGUAACUUCGACAGAUUAGUAGCAGUGAAGAGCAAAAUCGAUCCAGACAAUUUCUUCAGAAACGAACAAAGCAUACCAAGUAUUGCCUAUGUAUUAAAGAUUUAAUUAGUAACUUUUAUUCUGUUUAUGCAUUUGUGUGAGUUAAAAUAAUUUCCUUAGUUGCCCUGGUUUAGAAGGUGGAUCAGCUUAGCAGUUGAAACCCAGUCUUAGUUAGUGUGUCUAGUAGUAAUUAGGAUAGCGCCUAGCAUUCAUAUGUGUGUCAUUAGUAUUUUCUGUUAUAUUCAGUUUCAUUUUUCAA